CAGAUGAGCUGCUUUUGGGGAGAGCUGGAGUGCUCAGUCGGUCAGUAGUACAGUAGCAGGCUCACAUGUGCGGAUUGUUCCUGUGAGGAAUACCAUCAUGGGGUCUACGGCUACAGAAAUUGAAGAAUUGGAAAACACCCCUUUUAAGUAUCUCAUAGGAGAACACACUGAAAAAAUGUGGCAACGCCUGAAAGGAAUACUAAGAUGCUUAGUGAAGCAGCUGGAAAAAGGUGAUGUUAAUGUCGUAGACUUAAAGAAGAAUAUUGAAUAUGCAGCAUCUGUGUUGGAAGCUGUUUAUAUUGAUGAAACAAGAAGACUGCUGGAUACUGAUGAUGAGCUCAGUGACAUUCAGACAGAUUCAGUCCCAUUGGAAGUACGGGACUGGCUGGCUUCUACCUUUACACGGAAAAUGGGGUUGAUGAAAAAGAAAUCUGAAGAAAAGCCAAAAUUUCGAAGCAUCGUGCAUGCUGUGCAAGCUGGAAUUUUUGUGGAAAGGAUGUACAGAAAGUCCUAUCACAUGGUUGGUUUGGUAUAUCCAGAAGCUGUCAUAAUAACAUUAAAGGAUGUUGAUAAAUGGUCUUUUGAUGUAUUUGCCUUAAAUGAAGCAAGUGGAGAGCACAGCCUGAAGUUUAUGAUUUAUGAACUGUUUACCAGAUAUGAUCUUAUCAAUCGUUUCAAGAUUCCUGUUUCUUGCCUAAUUUGCUUUGCAGAAGCUUUAGAAGUUGGUUACAGCAAGUACAAAAAUCCUUAUCACAAUUUGGUUCAUGCAGCUGAUGUCACUCAAACUGUGCAUUACAUAAUGCUUCAUACAGGUAUCAUGCACUGGCUCACUGAACUGGAAAUUUUAGCAAUGGUCUUUGCUGCUGCCAUUCAUGAUUAUGAGCAUACAGGAACCACAAACAACUUUCACAUUCAGACUAGGUCAGAUGCUGCCCUUUUGUAUAAUGAUCGCUCAGUCCUUGAGAAUCACCAUGUGAGUGCAGCUUAUCGGCUUAUGCAAGAAGAAGAAAUGAAUGUUUUGAUAAAUUUAUCCAAAGAUGACUGGAGGGAUCUUCGGAACCUAGUGAUUGAAAUGGUUUUGUCUACAGACAUGUCAGGUCACUUCCAGCAAAUUAAAAAUAUAAGAAACAGUUUGCAGCAGCCUGAAGGGAUUGACAAAGCCAAAACGAUGUCCCUGAUUCUCCAUGCAGCAGACAUCAGCCACCCAGCCAAAUGCUGGCAGCUGCACCACCGGUGGACCAUGGCCCUGAUGGAGGAGUUCUUCCUACAGGGAGAUAAAGAAGCUGAAUUAGGACUUCCAUUUUCCCCACUCUGUGAUCGGAAGUCAACGAUGGUGGCCCAGUCUCAAAUAGGUUUCAUUGAUUUCAUAGUAGAGCCAACAUUUUCUCUUCUGACAGACUCAACAGAGAAAAUUAUUACUCCUCUUAUAGAGGAAGCCUCAAAAGCAGAAACUGCUUCCUAUGGGUCAAGCAGUGCUGAUUUGUUUAGACGAUCAAAUAUGAAAGGCACCAUGAACGAUGGAACCUAUUCACCAGAAUACUCCCUUGCAAGCGUGGACCUGAAGAGCUUCAAGAACAACCUGGUGGACAUCAUCCAGCAAAACAAAGAGAGGUGGAAAGAGUUAGCUGCACAAGGUGAACCUGAUCCUCGUAAGAACUCAGAAGAUCUAGUAAAUGCUGAAGAAAAACAUGCUGAUACACACUCAUAGGUUUGAAAUACAUUAAAGGCUUCUGUCAUUUUAAACAUAAGAGCCCUGAAGAACAGUCUAUUUAGAUUCUUUUAAAUACAUGGGAACAGCACGAGAGGUGAGGCUGUUCAGAAGCUGUGGUUGAAGUCUCAUGACGGCACUGGAGCUUUACCAUGGUCCCACCACCUGAUGACCACUUCAUUGUAACUGUCAAGCUGGGAAACUGCAGUGAAACCUGUCCCUGGAAGCAGUGGACCAACUCUCCUCUCCUUCCACCCUUGUGGUUUCAAAGCAUAAAUCCAUCACCCACAUGGACAUCAUCACAAUGCAAGUCACACGUUACCUACACUCCGGGAUAAUGAGAACCUUCAGCCAUUGUUGGAGACAGACAUUAGUGCUCAGAAUGGAAUUUGCCUUCUGGGGUGUUGCUCCCAUUAAGACACAACAAAAUAUAUUACAGACCAAGGGAUAAGUGACAAGUGUGUAUGUGUCUGUACUCAAAAAUCUCUAUGAAAAUGGAAGGCCACAACUUUCUGUAGAGAGAAUGUUAUUUGGUGUGACUUUAUAAUCUUCCUACACAGAAACGAACUGCACUAUUUGAGACUCUGCUUCCUUGUCAUGUUUUGCCUGAGCAUGUGCAGAGCCCUUCCUUUGCUCCAAAUUGAAGAACUACUUUUAUUUGUUAUUAGCUGACAAGAAAGGUCAAGUACAAUUAGCUGUUGUAACUUUUCACUGUGCAAAUACUCCGAUGAUUCUGAGAUGAAUCUGUCUUUGUGAACGGUAGAAACUGGAUGGAAAAAAUCAAGAGUAGCCAUCAAUUAAAGAAUAAAGUGAAGGAGGGUCCAUCCAUCCUAUGGGUUUUCUGUUGCACCUGCUUUAUUCCUGGGUUCCACAAUGCUAAGCAGUAUUUUAGAAAUUGAUAGAUUCAGAAGCUUUUAAGGCUGAGUCGUGGGGUUUUAUUACCCACAACUUAGAUCUCCCUUAAUGUGUAAGCCAUAUUCUAUAUGCAUAUUAGGUAUGCAUCAUUCUAAUUUAAGAUAUAUUUGCGCAUAGACUAUGUAUAAAGUGCUUUUAAAUGUUCUGUGAAUAAGGUCCUUAAUUUUUGUUUCACCUGAAUCUUGUGUAGAACUGAGCUAAAUAAUUGAAUUGUAUCAUAGAAAUUAUAAUGCAAUUGAUAUUUUAAAUGUAAGCAGUACAAAUUGAUCUAUGAUGAUGUGUUGGGGCAAAUUUAUAGAUAUGUACAUCAUGGUGACUUUUUGUCUUUUAAAAAAAUGGACUUUUUAUUUCUAUUUAUGAAGACAUUAUAACUACUGCUUUCAGUGUCUUUUUAAAAAUAGCUAUUUACCAGCUAGAAAAUAUUCUGCAUUUAAAAUAGAAUCUGACUAUCUGGGAAAUGUAAUUACUUUUGUUCUUCUUUGAGCCAGUUGUCUUUCAGAAAGCUAGAGUAUCUCUCUAGGGAGAAGUAAAUUGAAACAUGGCUCAAUUGUCAUAGGAAACUUGUCUACUUUGUUCCCAUUGAUACUUUAAGAUCUAUAGAUUUGUUACUAAAAAAAUAGAGAAAUAUAAUGAAUUCAUCAGUGUCUGUAUAUGGGCUUUCACUAAUUUUCCAGGUUAUUUAACUUAUAAAGCACUGUGACUGAAUUUCUAGAGGGAGUGGAGAAAACACACUCCACUUCUUCAGAAGAAUUGUCACGCUGUUGAUAUGCUUUUUUCCUUUUCUAAUUUACCUUCCUUUCUCCAUUCCCUUCUUCCUCUCCCCUUUUCACUUCCCUUGUUCUUUUUUCCCUUCCUUCCCUCUAAGACGGCUACUAACUAGUGUGUACUGGCAAGAGUGGGUGUGGUUACCAGUGCCCAGCCCUCUGCAAACACCGUGGUUGGGUCUACCUUGAAGAAAUGGUCCGGUUGAUGAGUCAGGCCUAUGCAGCUCAGAUGUCCUACUUUGCAUUUUUAUCCUCAGCUCCACCACAUAUAUCCAACAAUUUCAUAUGCCUUUUUAUUUAACCAGUAGCUUUUUUAUUUAACUUUUAACUUGACAAGCUACGAUUCUUGUGUUUUUAUUCUGCUGUAGUUCUCUGUAUUCCCUAUUACAUAUGAUUGUUAAAUAAAUCAUACUUGAGGGAAAAAUAUUGUGAAACAUUUGGUGUCUGAUAUAAUUCAAUUUGGUGGGACAUUGAAAAGUUGGAGACAUCAGAAUACUGGAUAGAUAUGAGUUUUGAUAUGAGUUCUGUCAGAAGAUGAUUUUUUCUCUUUUAAAUAAAUAUUCAUUGAACAUUUA